AUGAUACUGUCGCUGGCGGCAGCGGCGGUGGCCGGGAGCGGCCUGAACUCCUCCUUGGCCCCGGACCCCGCCAACUGGUCGGCGUCGGCGUGGUGGGAGGAGCCGUCCAACUCUUCUUCGGAGCCGGAGGUGCGCGCCCAGCCGGAGCCGCGUCCGUCGGAGGUGAGCCCCUGGGACGUGGCGCUGUGCGUGACGGGGACGCUCAUCUCUUGUGAGAACGCGUUGGUCAUCGCUGUGCUGUUCUACGCGCCGGGACCCCGGGCGCCCACCUUGGUCCUGAUGGGCUCGCUAGCAGCCGCCGACCUCCUGGCCGGUUUGGGCCUCAUCCUGAACUUUGUCUUCACCUACCUGGCGACCGGCUGGCCCGAACCUGCCGGUUUGCUCUCAGCCGGGCUCCUGCUCUCGGCCUUCUCGGCCUCUGUCCUCAACGUGCUGGCCAUCACGGUGGACCGCUACUUGUCGCUGUACAACGCGCUGACCUACCACACGGAACGGACGCUGACCUUCACCUACGCCAUGGUUGCGUCCAUCUGGCUGGCGUGCGUGACGCUGGGCCUGUUGCCGGCACUGGGCUGGAACUGCCUGCGUGAUCGCUCGGCGUGCAGCGUCUUCCGACCGGUGACCAAAAGCAACGCGGUGGCGCUAGCCGUGGCCUUCCUGCUGGUCUUCGCGCUCAUGAUGCAGCUCUACCUGCAGAUCUGCAAGAUCGCCUUCCGCCACGCGCAGCAGAUCGCCGUGCAACACCAGUUCCCGGCCAGCUCCACCACCAAGGGCGUUUCCACGCUGUCGGCUAUCUUGUGUGCCUUCGGGGCGUGCUGGCUCCCAUUCGCCGCCUACUCCGCCGUGGCCGAUUCCAGCUACCCGGCCGUGUACGGCUACGUGGCGGCAUUGCCCGCCACCUGCUGCUCCGUCAUCAACCCAGUCAUUUACGCCUUUCGCCACCCGGACAUCCAAAAAUCGCUGUGGAUGGCGUGCUGCGGUUGCGUCCCGCACGACCUCUCGCCCAGACCGCGGGCCUCCAGCGACGUGUAG